ACGGUUUCUCUACACUGCGCGUAUCUGUCAGUGUGUAUUGCGCGCGCGUCGUAUUGACACGCGGGCUCGUGUGGUCGUGUGCCUAUCAUUAUAGAAUCGAAUUACAUAUCAACGGCGAGAGAAAAUUGGCAGAACGACCGCGGACUUAUCGUAACCUUAUCUCGGGAUAUACAAUCGGAUCUCUCUCUUUCUUUUUCUCUCUCAUGGCGUAUGUCAAUGUAGCCGAGUGGAAGACGGAUCAGGUGUGCGAGUGGCUGAAAGGUUUAGAUAAUUCCAUACUUCCCUAUGUCCAUAGUUUUAUGAAUCAUAGUGUUAAUGGACAACAAUUACUGAGUUUACAACCAGAAGAUUUGGAACAUUUGGGUGUACUAAAACUCGGGCAUCAAGAAAUUAUACUUGAGGCUGUAGAGUAUCUGAGAAAUUUUCAUUAUGAACUGGACAGAGAAAAUCUGCAAUUACUGGCGCUGCGACUUUCAUGCCAGGCACACAGCUUACAUAAUGAAUUAUCUCGUCAAACUGAUUCGAAGCCUGUUACAACUCAAACAUUAUCAGAUGUAGCAUCGGUUGUGAUGGCAGUUAAACCUCUGGUGAGAUGGCUAGAUUGUCCUCCGUUUUGUGGACAAUUGGAAUAUAAUGACAAGAAGGCUGAAUUGAUGAAAUUAUCUUUGGAGAUGGCUAUAUGUGCACAAAGAGAUAGAUUUGCUGAGAAGCCGAUCGAAGAGAUCAGAACAACUUGUGAUCAACUGGCAAAGUUAGCAGAUUAUAUAAUUCAAGAUACCGAUGAUCCUCUGAUUCUACAGCCUGCCAUCUUAGAUCUAGCUACAUUAAAAAAGAAAUCUGGUGAUGAUUUGGGUUUUUAUAUUUUACCAUCUUUUCAUGGAGUACAUCAGAUAGCCGAAAUCAAAUUUGGAUCUGCCGCACACCAGUGUGGUAAAAUGGAAGAAGGUGAUGAGAUAGUUCAGGUAAAUUAUCAAACGGUAGUUGGUUGGGAGAAAAAGAAUUUGCUUGAAUUAUUUCGUGAAAGCCCAGCAGAAAUUCUCUUGACUCUAAAACGUAGGCCGAGGCAUACUAAAGUUUAUGGGCAAAUUUAUAUAAAACCAUAUAGACUUCCAAGUAACAAAAAAACCUCUUACACAACACGAUGGCAACAUAAUCUUCCAUCCCCUAGACCAGAAUUAUUAACAAUACCUGACUUUACAAUGCCAUUACCUAGACAUAUGCCAAAGAAUCCCAGUCCAGAACCGGCAAGUAUUUUAGAUACAGUUAAUAUGUUGGAUACAAUGGCCACAGAUAGUAGCGACUCGGAUAGCGAGGUAGAACCGCCUCUUUCUACCCGCCUCUACUCCGCAAAACCGAGAAAUUUAGUCCAAAGGCGAGCUACGAUAACGGGUGCCAGUCCUACGUCGAAACACGGUAUCGAUAUCGAACAAUUUUGGAAGGAGCUAAAGCAAGAGCACAGUACGACCUUCCAGUUGCGCGACAAAGCGGCAUCCUGCGCCCAUGGUUUGGAUAAUGUAUUACCGGUGGUAAAUAUACGACCGCAAACGUGUUUAGGAUUAGAAUCGGCAAAAAAGAGGAAAAAGACUGAUGAACAAACAAGCGAUAAAAAGGUGCAGUUUGAAGAAAAGUUGACCGACGUUGAAAGUACUCAUCUGGAUGAUGCGAAGAGAACGAUUCAAAAUGCAAGGGAAAGAGUUACUCCUACGCAAAGCUGCGACGACGGCACGAACGUAAAUAAAAAUAGCAAUAAUAAGGAGCAAAUAUUGACGGAUAAUGUCAACAAUAGCAAUAAUAUAAGUGAUACAACUGUGCCUUUGGAUGAAUGUAAUAAUUUUAUCGGCGAUACAUGUAGUAUUGAUAAGAACGCGCCGGAUGACGUAGAGACCGGCGUACAGUAUGUUAAAGAACGCGGUAAAUUAGAUAAAAGCUACAGUACGCCCGCGUAUGAUCUAUCGGACACCGAGGAUAAGGAGGAUAGAAAAGCAGCGCUUUUUCAGAAUCCGUUUUGUAAAUUAGAUUUACCUGCUCAUUGUUCAAACAAUGUACCAAGUGGUGCUUCAACAAAGACUGAUGUUUGUAUGUAUACCGAGAGUGCUGUUGAUUACGAAAAAUUGAAGAAUACAAAUGGAGAUCAUAAAGAAACGUCCGUGUCGAAGAUGUGCGGCGGUAAUGUUGCACGAAAAGUCAGCGACAUCGAGAAACAGAUAGCGCAUGAAACCGCGGAGGAACAAGCAAGUGUCUUCGGAGUGCCUAAGGAAUUAGAUUCACAUAAGAAUAUUAUACGCAUUAAUGACGUGAGUCCUAAUAAUAAUUAUAUAGAAGAGAAAAACCAAAGCAAUAUUGAAUGUAACAUAGGGGAAGUAAACGUAAAUACAUGUGACGAGAAGCAUUUCAUCGCGGAGUUAAGCAACGAAUGCAAAAAAGAUAUCAUAAACGAACUCCAUUCUGGAGUUAUUUGUUCGACAAAUUUGGCAGACAAAUGUCAUGAGAAUAUUGUUUGCAAUAAUUCGAAAAUGUCAAACAGUGAAGAAGCAUACACUAGUAGUAGUAAUAGUAAUAGUAGUAGUAGUAGUAAUAGCAGCAACAGCAUUGAAAGAGACGAAACGUUGCAAAAAUUCGGCAAAAUUUUGCAAACAGUCGAUUGCGCCUUAACUCAACAUGCAAAAUUGCUUGAGAAGAAGUCUUCCAUGAUAGUAUCGAAAGAGGAUUCUACCAAGACAAGGAUGUCACCAAGCAAUAAUGUCAAAUCUUCUAUCGAGGACGACCUACCGAAUGUUUCGAUGAUGCAAAUUAGCGCAAAACCACAAGCUAAAGAGAUAAAAUCUGCGGAUUCACCUUUGGCGCAGGCUACAGUACAAUCUUGCCGUUAUAUAGAGUUACCGAAGAUCGAGUCUGUUAGAAAACUCGAAAAUAAAUCUCACAUAACACCGCCAGAACCGCCGCCUCGUAAGUAUUACACGAACCACGCGGCAGUGACCGACUUGAAAUUAAAUACUACUCCAAAAAUUCCGAACAGUUUGGAAAAACCUCAAGUUCCAGAGAGACCCAAAAUAAGACAAGACUUUAGAAAAGUAGAUAAUUUGAAUUUAUCUGUGAAUCACAUCAGAAGCAAUUCAGAUUGUCAAAAUAAAGAAAAUUCCUCCUUCGAUGUUAAUACAGAAAAUCCAGUUGAUUUUAUCGAACGACGAAUUACAAGUCUAAAUGAUCAAAAGUUUACCCAAUCCGAUACUUCGUUAUAUAAUGAAAAUACCAAUAAACAAUCGAGAGAAGAUAAAUACUCUUUUGAAAAAUACGAGCCGUUCAUCGAAAAGUUUGCUUGCUCGAGUCAAUCUAUAACAGACUGUUAUAAAUCUGGUCAUUCUCCUCGCAAUAUUGAAUGCCCCGAUGGUGCGACACACUCGAAACAAAUGAUAUCCUUGGAUCUAAAAGCAAAAUCAUCAGAGAAAGAUAAAAGUUUCGAGAAAAGUGUUGUUAAUAGAGCUAUGAUGGUAGCUAGAAGUAUUGGCUUACACGGUAGUUUGAGCAAAUCUAAUAGCAGCCCGAGAAGUAACAGAAAACGUAAUAUGUUACUGGCAAAGAGAAGAAAUGUAUCCGUAAAAGACAUUGGUAGUGGUGAUUUAGAAGGAUGGCUGAUAUAUCGAAGCAGAGGAGCAGGCGGCGCAUGGGCAAAGGCUUGGUUCGUGUUAAAGUGUUCAUCAUUGUACAGGUUUAAGACACAGGACAGUACGAAAGCUGACUGCUUGAUCGUGUUAACGGGUUUUACCGUAUCGCCAGCUGCCGAAGUAAAAUCGAGAAAGUAUGCCUUCAAGGUAUAUCAUACGGGGACAGUAUUUUACUUUGCCGCUGAUGCCGAGGAUUCGUUGAUUCUGUGGCUAGACGCGGUCAGUAAAGGCACUCUGGGCGCAGAUACCCACAAUCAGACCAUCGGACUUUUCAGCGAAACAGACGAAAGCGACAGUGAGAGUCACAAGAACAAGAUAAAGUGUACUCUGGAAUCUAAAUCAAAUCUGGAAAAGAAUUCGUUUGGUUCUUUGAAAAAGGUCGUACGAAAAGAUAUCGGAUCUUUUAAAGAUCAUCACGAAAUUAGUGGGGCAAGCUUAGAUCGAAAAUAUUUAAAGUUUCUCGGCGCCAGAAAUCAAAAUAUGCCCGUUCCAACAGCGCAAUUUAGAAGUUACAGAAGAGUACUUCCCACAUCGACGCCAAAUAAAAAAGAAGAUUCCAAUUCAAAUUCCUUGGAUUUGCAAAUGACUAUCGCAGGUAGCACAUUUUAUGGAUUAAGCGGUUCACAGAGCGCCAUGGAUAUGUUGAGCCCGUCAAGCAAUCAAGACAUGGGUGAUUACCGGCGUGCUACGGAUAGAUCCGUCGAUAGCCGUAAUAGAAGACCGGAUGAUUCGCAAAGCUUUAACAUGGAAGAAUUCAUGUUGUCUCAACAGAAUGAGGAUCAACAGCGGUCAAAUACGAUAAAUAGGUCGUUAUCUCCGCGUGCGACUCCUUUGACCGGUGAUCAUGUGCAUGUAGAUCACAGAAACUUGAAUAACAAUGCGGCGUAUGGCGAGCAAAUCAGACAAUUGAAUGAGACAUUCUUGAACAAUGACAUUGGCUUUAUUUAUGGCAAGACUAAUGAUGAAAUCUCGAGAAGUAGUAGCACUAUGUACGCUCAUUCGAGAAAUGCGCACGAGCAUACGAUGCGUCAAUUUAGCGGGGACUGUUUAGUUACUGCCCGAUCUGAGAACAAAGGGGAUUGCAUAAGCGAUAAAUCUUGUAGCAAGUACACGGCGGUCGGACAGAAAAGGAUAUGGGAUCCAUCCGGUUCCGCACAAAAGAGAAGAACGCAGGAGCUUGCGAACGUUCAGCAGGCAAGAUAUGCAGGCGAUUCGAAUCAUUGGAGAAGCCCAAUGAGUAGCCCUGUAAAUAAACAUAAUUCUCCUGGUUACAGUAGAGAUUACGAACAUAAUACACAUAUACAAUCUUCUAAUCACGAAAACUACCAGACGCACGAUUGUCUUCCGUCCAGGAAUAUCGGUGCCUUAAUAGAAGAUCUCAAAACCGUACCGAAACGACUCAUUAGAAACGAUGACUAUUCUGGAUCUAAUAGCGAUCUCGCGAGUCAUACAUCAUUCGAGGCACAACAACGCAUAAAUAAUGUAACGAUUAAUCGGAAAGGAAGUUUCAAUCUCACUAAUCGUCAUGAUAAUUCUUCCGAUAAACAUUGGCUAGAUUCAUUAAGACGCGGCGGCGAUAGGAAAGGCUCGAAUUACGAUCAGAGCCGUUUGAAGAACGUCGCGCAAUAUCAACCACCACCUAUAACGACGUCACCUUUCGAACAAGAAGGUAUGAAAGCAGCGUUUGAAAUGCACUUGGAUAAGAGCGAUCAAAUGCAAAAGGGAAAUCGUCUCAAAAAUUUAUUUGGCACCAAACAGCAGAAGCCUUGUACUUUGGAUCUUCCUAAAGACGCCCAAAAAACCAUAUUAGGCUCGCCGAGAUUACACAGAGCGCUAUUUCGGGACAAAUGUUCUAAUCAAUCGCAGCAUCGAUUGUCCACUCGUUCCGGUAGUCAGAGUCCUGGUGAUAGUGGAAUCAGUCAAUCUCACAGUUCUUUCAGUGGCAAUAGUCCUUCCCAGACACUCAGUCAAAGUUUCAGUUCGGUCAGCUCAGUCAGUGACUGGAGUCCAGACAUAACAACACCAUCUAACAUAUCAAAAUAUGGUAGCGGAUAUUUAUCUGGCCACAGGGUUUUUACCAAUUCUAGCAGGAGCUCGUUGGCACCUCCAAUGUUACCAUAUAUACCACCGCCAACAUCUCCACCACCCGAUUAUCCUGGCUUAGAAUAUCCGCCGGUAUUCGAACCCGGUACUUACUCUCUUUCGGAUGCAUCAUUGCUGCGCAAUCGUAAUAAAAAUAGUCAAGACACAACUCAAUAACAAGAAACGAGCCAAAUUCAUCUCUUUAACAACCAAAGAUAAGAAUUUCUUUUGAUAUUCUAAUAUAGAGAUACAGUUCAAUUUCACAUAGAGGUACAGUUCAAUUUAUUACAUAUCGUAUACUAUAAUUAAAGUUAGAAUAUCAUAUAAUAUAAUACAUAUUAUAAUAACUGAGGUUAGAAAAUAUUCUCUGCCAUUAUCAAGUAUUUCAAAGUAACCGUCCAUUGUCUGGUUCCACAAAUGUAACAAGCAUAUAUUCAUUCAACAAGCAUAUAGUUAUUAAAAUUAAAAAUUAUAAAGAGUUUAUUUUUCUUCAAAGUGUGUCCUAAAGACGAAAUAUUUUGCAAAGGGCUAAAUUGAAUGUUGCAACAUAGAGAAGACUGAACUAAAUAUUAUCUAACAUUGCCUGUUAGAUACUGUAAAUUACUGAUUUUUAUCUAUUUUGAAGUUGACUCAAAGAACUACUUUGUUAUUAGUAUUAUUAUUGUUUGUUGAAAAAUUGUAAAAUUGAAUCGUAAAAUAAUUUAUUGUGAUUUCUGAAGCAAUUUAUAAAUUUAUUGUAUGCAAAUUCUAUAUGUGUAUACUCAUAAUAUUUAACGUGCUUACAUAAUUAACAACUUUUUGUGUACAUAUGUAUUAAGUACUAUCAUAAUAGUAAUAUCUUUAUUAAUAUUUAGUAACUUUCACUUAUCAUUUUAUCAUAUUUAAAAGAUUAACAAUAUAAAAGUAUAGCGCAUAAUAAUCACUUACUUACCAUGGAAAGAUAUUUAUUCAUAUUUUUUCAAUAUUUUUUCAUAAAUAAUCUUUUAUAAUUGAUAAAGGAUUUAUUUGUGUUAGGUUAUUAUAAAUAAAAUUCACAUCUAGUUUUAAAAAAUUUAUAUUAUUUUCUUUUUUUAUAAAGAUUGAGUUGAAAAUUUGAUAUAGAAUUUUAUUGGUAUAAAAGAGCAGGAUAUAUAGAAUCUAUUUCUCAUUACAUGUUAUAAUCUUAUACAAAAACAGAUGUUUCGGCCGUUUAAUACGCAAUACAACAAUAUAUUUAUAAGCAUUAAUAAUAUUGUAUUUUUUUUUUU